UUUCUAAGUGAGCGAACCAGUUGUGAUUUACCAAAUCAGAAAUGCAGUAAUGACUCUUGCCGCCCCACCUUGACUCUGCUGUUUUAUGUUCCAUCCCGCAGACAACAAAGCAACUAGUGACAUCCUGUAGUCUUUCCAGUAGACGCGGUGAAAGCACACAGAAAAAAGUGGCAGAGCGAAGGGGAAGAGAGAUAAUAAGACAUGGCGCAAGCACUGGAUGUGGCCUAUACAGACUUUCAAUGCCAGAAAAACAACACCUUGCACCAUACAAUAGAAUUUAGCGACAGGCGUCUUAUCCUUCGCAGGGGACAGCCAUUUUCAUUCGUCUUACACUUCAAAACAAGAGGAUUUGAAGAAGGGAGCGACAAAAUUCUCUGCAUUGCUGAGACAGGCCCGUGGCCUGACCAGCCUUCUGGAACAAAAGUCAUAUUCCCCAUAACAAAGGCAUUAAACAGAAGAGCCUGGAGUGCAGCUCUGGAGUCCAAUGGAUCCGACUCAGUGGUGAUCGUCAUCAUGCCGUCACCCAAUGCUAUUAUAGGACAAUACACUCUAAAGGUUCAGAUUUCCAAGGGCAGUAAAAACGCGGUUUAUCAGCUAGGGACGUUUGUGCUGCUGUUCAACCCCUGGUGUGCAGAUGAUGACGUCUUCUUGGAGAAUGAACCCAAGCGUCAGGAAUACGUCCUUAAUGACUACGGGUUUGUUUAUCAAGGCAACCACAAAUGGAUUUCUUCUUGUCCAUGGAACUUUGGGCAGUUUGAAGAAGACAUCUUGGAUAUAAGCUUAAAGCUGUUGGACAAGAACUUAAACUACCUGAAAGAUGCUUUUAAGGAUUUAUCUUGUAGAAAUAGUGCAGUAUACAUAAGUCGAGUAGUGUGCGCCAUGAUUAACUCUAAUGACGAUAAUGGAGUCCUUGAAGGAAACUGGACUGAGGAUUACGGAAAUGGCACCUCUCCUUCCUCAUGGAAUGGGAGUAUUGCCAUUUUAAGACAAUGGUAUAAAGCAGACUGCCACCCAGUCAAAUAUGGUCAGUGCUGGGUCUUUGCGGCAGUCAUGUGCACAGUGAUGAGAAGUUUAGGAAUUCCAUGUCGAGUUGUAACCAACUUCAAUUCUGCUCACGAUACCAACAGUAAUCUCGUUAUUGAUGAAUAUUAUGAUUCAACUGGCAAAAAGCUUCCUCGGGAAAGUCAUGACAGCAUCUGGAACUUCCAUGUGUGGUGUGAGUGCUGGAUGGCAAGAAGAGACUUGCCUCCAGGCUAUGAAGGGUGGCAAGUUCUAGAUCCAACCCCGCAGGAGACAAGUGAUGGUAUUUAUUGCUGUGGCCCUACCUCUGUGAAAGCCAUAAGAGAAGGGGAGGUCCACCUGAACUAUGAUUCCCCAUUUGUCUUUUCCAUGGUGAAUGCAGAUUCUGUGUCAUGGACAUUAUAUGGGACAAAAAAAGAAAAGCAUUUUUGUGAUCCACAUUUGAUUGGAAAUAAUAUUAGCACAAAGUGUGCUGGAGCGGACGAACGAGAAGACAUCACCGACAACUAUAAAUAUGAUGAAGGAACCGUUGAAGAAAGAAAAACGUACCUGAAAGCAAUGAAAAGACUACAAAAGACAAACUCUACGACGCUCUCCAAUGGCGGUGUACACCAUAACCAUACCAAUGGCUUCACUGUUAAUGAUGUUUUCCCUGAACAAGAAUCUCAGAAUGGAUCUAUCCAUCAAUAUGAACGUCUGAAUCGCCCAUUGCAAGACGCUAAACUGAUUCUGAGGUUUAAACUGGUGGAGUCUCCACAGCUGGGGCAAGCAAUAAACUUAGCCUUACUAGCUGGUAACUUGCGUUCUGUUGCCAAGACCCUUAAACUGUGUUUUAGUGCACAGGCUAUUAAGCACAGAGGCAAACCUGGACACCAGUUCUGGAAGGAAUCCAUGUACAUUGAGCUUGAGCCCAAUGAAGAGAAAUGGAUCUAUUUACAAAUCGCAUAUUCACAAUAUGGAAAGUAUCUUGAUGACAACAACUUGGUAAGAGUGACAGCUGUUGGCGAGCAGAAUGUGACCUGGGAGAAACUUCUCGUGAAGAAGGAUAUCACCCUGGCUGUUCCACAAAUCACGAUCAAUUUCCCGGGAUCUCCUGUAGUGAACAAACCAUGCAAGGUACGUCUGAUGUUCUCCAAUCCCCUCAAUGAAGAUAUAAAGGACUGUCUACUGGUAAUCGAGGGCAGUGGUCUGAUGAAGACUCAGCUUAAAUUACUUGUGGGCACCAUGAAGAAAAAGGAAACAUCAAUUGUGGAACUUGAAUUGGUUCCCUGCAAACCUGGUCUCAAACAGCUUCAAGUGAACUUAAGCAGCAACAAGUUCCAGGUCCUGAAAGGCUACAAGACUGUCAUAGUCAACCCUUGAUCUACUCAACCAAGCUUUAGAAAUUAUAGUUUUUUCAUGCCAGGACCAAAAUAGGACUUGCCCAGGUGUGGUUGGUGGGGUUUUCAAAACAGGGGAUUUGGAAAGCCCCCUAGAUUGUUUAAAUGUACUGAUAGGGAUGUAUCAUAUGACAAAUAUGGUAAAUUAACUACAGUAUGGAAUGGGAUUUGUAUAUAAGACAAUGGGGUUAAAGUACUAAAACUAGAGAGUGCAGAUGUGCAUGGUAGCCAAUCAGCUUUCGAAUUCAGAUCAUUCAAUUAAAGUGGAGG